AUGACGGAGCUCCCGACGGGUAUAAUACAAGGCAGUGUGUGAGGAAGGGAUUUAGCAGAGGCAGGAGGGAGGUGAGCAGUGGGAAGAGGGGAAGGCACUGCCUGCUUGCAGCCACGCUGCUCACCAGCACCAACAGGCCACCGCGGACCUGCCUGGGGAGGUAAGGGCACGAUGGACAUUGAGGUACACAACAUCACUUACACCAGUGCCACUGUCUCCUGGGCCAUGGACAACCCCUGUCCAGAGAACUACUACCACGUCAUGUACCGCCCCAACUGGAACAGUGUCUUUGCUGGCUACCUACGCCAGAACUUCCACCGCGAGGAGCGAGUUCCUCACCCCCUCAGCUCCCUUGUCCUCCAUCAACUCACACCAUCCACCAUCUACGUCCUCUGCAUCACCUGCAAGAACUCUUACCCCUCUAGCAACCACUGCACCACCUUCCACACUCUGGACAAAACGCCUCUGGUUUUUGGUGGCUCUAAGAACGAACCGACCCCCUCCAUGUGGAUGGUGAGCAGCCUGCUGCUCCUCUGCUUCAUUGCUCUCCUGGCCUAUGGCUGCCUGCAGUUCUGGUCGGCACGGUGCCACCGGGCUGCAAGGCUGAAGCAUCCUGACACCAGCCCUGAAGACAUGGGUGAAGGGAGCAGCUCGCCAGAGGGGCCACUGAAUGACAGACUGAGAGAGGAGUUUCUGGAAGUCCCCAUGACCACUGUGCUAAUGAGGAGCUCCAGUUUUAUGAGGGAGAGCCCACAUAGCUCCCCUCAGUGCUUUUUUUCCUAUAAAACCAGUGAUGAUAAAAGAGCCAUCUUGCCACAGCAUGGCCUUCAAUGA